CUUUCCAAAAAGCCCCUUACCAACCUAAACUCAUCAUGCCUCCUAGAAGACAAAAUCCUCCUCGUCAAUGAGUUGUUCGGGACAUAGAAAUGGAAGAACUACGUCAACAAAUUCAAAGGCUUCAAGAAAGACUCGAAGCUUUUGAGGGACAACAAGCUCAACACCCGCAAGAUGAACCACAUGAGUCAGAGGAAGACACUGAUGACGAGAAUCCCUUCUAUCACCUAAGGGAUAAUGAAAGCUCAUCAUCAACAGGAAAAGUUCGUCGUCAACAACGUCCCCAACAAAAUGCUGCUCCCAAAUCCACUGACCUUGGCAUCAAAAUCGAUAUUCCUGAUUUUGAAGGUCGCCUUCAACCAUAUGAAUUUAUCAACUGGUUGCAUACUGUGGAACGUGUGUUUGAACUAAAGGAUAUUCCUGACGACAAGCGUGUGAAGUUCGUCGCCAUCAAAUUAAAGAAACAUGCAUCCAUUUGGUGGGAGAAUCUCAAACGCAGUCGAGAAAGAGAAGGCCGCAACAAAAUUAGAACUUGGGAGAAAAUGCGUCGAGAACUCACUCGUAAGUUCUUACCUGACCGUUACUACCAAGAUAAUUUUGUUAAAUUUCAUAAUUUACAACAAAAAUCUUUGACUGUGGAAGAAUAUACUAUGGAGUUUGAACAAUUAAUGAUGAAGUGUGAUGUUCGAGAAAAAGAAGAGCAAACCAUAGCAAGAUAUCUUGGAGGAUUAGACAAUGACAUUUCCAAAGUAGUUCAACUUCAACAAUAUUGGACUUUGGAUGAUGUCAUUCGGCUAGCAUUGAGGGUUGAAAAGCAAAUCUCAAAGAAGAAUAUUACUAUUGCUUCAAAACCACAAGAUUUUGAAGCUAGCCAAGGGACCCAAGCCUCAAAGAUUGUUGCUGAGACACCUGCCAAAGUUGAGAAGGAAGCUAGUUCAAGCCAUCCAGCCCAGCCUAACACUCGAAAGUGUUUCAAGUGUCAAGGAUUUGGUCACAUUGCCUCCGACUGUCCCAAUAGGAGAAUUAUCACCAUUAUUGGAGGAGAGAUUCAUGAAGUCUUAGAUGGUGAAGCAGAAAAGGAGAUUAGUGAUGAGAUUAAGCCACAACUUCAGGAAGAACUCAUUGCAGCUGACCAUGGAGAAUCUUUGGUUGUGUGUCGAAGUCCUCAUGAUACCAUAACCAAGGAUGAAGUUUGGCUCCGACAUAACAUCUUUCACACCAGAUGUACUUCCCAGGAGAAAGCUUGCAAUGUCAUCAUUGACAGUGGAAGUAGUGAGAAUGUUGUGUCUAGUUAUAUGGUUGAAAAGCUAAGACUGCCAGUCAAGGAUCUUUCCCAUCCAUACAAGUUACAAUGGCUACGAAAGGGAAACGAGGUAAAGGUAACCAAACGUUGCCUUAUCUCUUUUUCUAUUGGUAACAGGUACCAAGACGAAGUAUGGUAUGAUGUUAUCCCCAUGGAUGAUUGUCACUUGUUACUUGGUCGCCCCUGGCAAUUUGACCGAAAGGCUAUCCAUGACGGCCAUGCCAAUACCUACUCGUUUGUAAAAGAUGGUGUGAAGGUCAAGCUCACUCCCCUGAAGCCUAAAGAAACACUUGAAAAGAAGAAUGAGGACAAGGCUUUAAUCUCCAGAUCAACCUCUCAGAAGUUGCAUCAAGAAUCGAGGACAGCUUGUCUCUUGCUAUUAUCUAAAGUGAAUGAUGCCACUUCCCCUUUUUUCGAGGAAAUUCGAUCUCUCCUUGAAGAAUUUUCUAAUGUUGUUCCUGAUGAGACCCCUCAUGGAUUAUAGCGAACUCAAUGAAGCAAGGAUUCUAUC